UAAUCAGCAGUAGCACUGACCCGGACACGCACAGACCCGCACACCCACGCCAUCGCACGCCACCACACACCACCACACACCACCGUAGGCAAGCAGCAGACAUGGCCAGUAAGAAAGCAGCUGCUAAGAGGAAGAAUGUCCACAGAGGCUCAUCUAACGUCUUCUCCAUGUUUGAACAGUCACAGAUUCAGGAGUUCAAAGAGGCUUUUGGCUGUAUUGAUCAGGACCGAGAUGGUGUCAUCAAGAAGUCUGACUUGAAGGAAACAUAUGCACAAUUAGGCAAACUGAAUGUGAGUGACGAGGAACUGGAGACCAUGUUGGCUGAAGGAAAAGGCCCAAUCAACUUCACAGUUUUCCUCACCCUCUUUGGAGAAAAGCUUAAUGGGACAGACCCAGAGGAGACCAUCCUUGCUGCAUUCAAACCUUUUGACCCAAAUGGCACUGGUUUUGUCAAUAAGGAUGAAUUCCGAAGGCUCCUAAUGACCCAGGCGGACAAGUUUACCGCAGAAGAGGUGGAGCAGGCCUUCGCAGUGGCUCCCAUAGAUGUGACUGGAAAUAUCGACUACAAAUCACUGUGUUACAUUAUAACACAUGGAGAUGAGAAAGAGGAAUCAUGAAAUGAUAAUAAAAAACUCAAAUGAAAUGUACCACUUCAAA